AUGUCCGGAAAGGGUGCCCAAAUCGGCGCUGAUCUUACUCUGAUCGGCUUCCCCAUGCGAAUUCCCCAAUCCUUCGACACGCAGCGCAGAGACCCCCUAAAGAAAACCUUGUUGUGUCUCGAGACACACACAGCCCUAGAUGCAGAUGAACCCGCUUAUUAUUGGCAGUGGACCUUGAGAUCCUACUUUAUCAGCUCACACCCUUCCAAAUCGGAGUUCAUCAAUGCGGAAUCCGGACUAGGGCAGGGGCCUAAGGCGCCUCCUCGCCUUCUCGCUGGGUAG